GCCAUUUGUUCUCUGUACGUUACCAUGGAAUACAAGUGCUGCUGUGGGUACAAGAAGAAAUAACCUCAUACCCUGCAUUUAUCUCAGACACAUCCUGAAGUUUAAACAGGUCAUAGUGCUCUUCUUUUGCACUGGACCACUUCUCUGCUUUCUCCAUGGAAAUCCCUCUGUCUGGGGACACUCUGCCGACACCUUUGUUUGAGACUCUCCGCAGAGAUUUCCGCACAACAGAGCUGGGGUCGUCCAAGGCACAGGAAGCAGCCGGAAUGGCAGCGAGGGACGACACACCACAGCCUGCAAAGAAAGCCCAAGCAGGAGAUGAUCCCCCCAAAGGAGAUUUCCCUCUUCAGAAAAAAUCCCCGAAACUCUGUGGCUCCAACUACCCCCUGAGCAUUGCCUUCAUUGUGGUGAAUGAGUUCUGCGAGCGCUUCUCUUACUAUGGCAUGCGAGCUGUACUGACACUGUAUUUCUUAAGCUUCUUCCACUGGGAUGAGAAUCUCUCCACUGCUGUGUACCAUGCCUUUUCUGCGUUGUGUUAUUUCACACCUGUCAUCGGAGCCAUCAUGGCAGACUCAUGGCUGGGGAAGUACAAGACGAUCAUCUACCUCUCCAUUGUGUAUGUUGUUGGCCAUCUGAUAAAGUCAGUCGGUGCCAUUCCAUCCCUGGGCAACCAGGCAGUUCAUGUGGUCCUGUCUAUGGUUGGUCUGUUUUUGAUCGCCCUUGGAACAGGAGGGAUCAAGCCCUGUGUCUCUGCAUUUGGUGGGGACCAGUUUGAAGAAGAACAUACCUCGGAGAGAAGCAAGUUUUUUUCCAUCUUCUAUUUAUCCAUUAAUGCUGGAAGUUUGAUCUCCACGUUUGUAACUCCUGUAUUAAGAGGGGAUGUGAAAUGUUUUGGAGAGGAUUGUUAUGCACUGGCUUUUGGCGUCCCAGCAGCACUGAUGGUGUUGGCGCUUGUUGUGUUCAUUGCUGGAAGUGGACUGUACAGAAAAACACCACCACAAGGAAACGUCUUGCUGGAAGUGUGCAAAUGCAUCGGUUUUGCUAUUAAAAACCGGCUGAAAAACCGCUCCCGUGAGAUUCCAAAGAGAGAUCACUGGCUGGACUGGGCAUCAGAAAAAUACUCGAAACAGCUGAUUGGGGAGGUUAAAAUGGUGACUCGUGUUCUCUUCCUCUUCAUACCACUGCCAAUGUUCUGGGCCCUGUUUGAUCAGCAGGGAUCCAGGUGGACUUUGCAAGCCACAAAAAUGAAUGCUGAUUUUGGAAUAUAUGUCCUUCAGCCUGACCAAAUGCAGUUCUUAAAUCCACUUCUUAUUCUUGUCUUCAUCCCAAUUUUUGACCUUGGACUCUACCCCCUGAUAAACAUGUGCAAAUUGAAUUUCACACCUAUUAGGAAAAUGGCAACAGGUAUGAUCCUUGCAGGGCUGGCAUUUGGACUUGCAGCUGUUAUAGAAGUCAAAAUAAAUGAAACAGAUAUGCCUCGACUUGUCCCAAAAGAAAGUUUAAUUCGGGUCCUGAAUUUGGCAAAGAACCCUGUUCAAGUGACAAUCCAAGACAAGGAUCUAUUUCAGCAGCCUGUGGAGUCUUUUCAGAACCCAGCUGAGUACUCAAAAUUAAUAUUGAAUGGAGAGCAACAGAGCCUUCACUUCACCCUGCAACAUCAAGGAUUGACUCUUGCUUUUAACUACACCGUGAAGGAAAAAUCAGUAUACAGCUUAAUUGUUUUUGAGGCAGAAGGAAGCCUAUCAAGCCGCUUAAUUACAGACUUGGAAGCAAAGCCAGAAAACGGUUUGGCAGCUGUUAGAUUCAUUAAUGGUUUGAGCCAAGAUGUCAACCUCACCAUCGAUAGCAAAAGGUUCAUUGCUGUUCAGAAAAACUACAGUGCUUCUGAGUACUCACUGCUGGAGAGGGACAUAUAUAAUAAUGGAAAAUGCAUAACUGAAACAGGAGAGUUCCCCCUGGAGCUGGGGCUGCUGGAUUUUGGUGCCUCAUACACUGUUGUGAUAACUAAUAUUUCUGGGGGUGCUGUUGAGAUGUGGAAAUCAGAAGACAUCAAAGCCAACAAUGUCCAUAUGGCCUGGCAGUUACCACAAUAUUUACUGAUAUCUGCUGGGGAGGUGAUGUUCUCCAUUACGGGUCUGGCCUUCUCUUAUUCUCAGUCUCCAGCCAGCAUGAAGUCGGUGCUGCAGGCAGGCUGGCUGCUCACAGUGGCUGUGGGGAAUACCUUUGUGCUCAUUGUUGCCGAGGCUGCACCAAUGGCACAGUGGGCCGAAUUUGUCUUGUUCACUGUUCUCCUCUUUGCUGUGUGCAUUAUUUUCUCCAUCAUGGGAUAUUUCUAUGUCAGUGUGGAUCCAGAGGACCUAGAAGAAAAGGAAGAGAAGAGAGAGACCUCAAGCAGAGGAAACAUGAUUGGUCUUGUUACUCAGAAAACAAAGCUCUAACACAUCA